GAAUCAAUUUCCUUAGAUCUUUCUUCAAAAGAUGAGGCUCUUCUUCAGCUUCUGCUUCUUCUUCUUCAUGAUCAUCUUUACCGCAACUGCUUAUGAUCCAUUAGAUCCUAGUGGUAACAUUACAAUCAAAUGGGAUAUCAUGUCCUGGACAGCAGAUGGCUAUGUGGCUACGGUAACUAUGAACAACUUCCAAAUAUACCGGCAAAUUCAAAAUCCGGGUUGGACAUUAGGCUGGACAUGGGCAAAGAAAGAGGUGAUUUGGUCAAUGGUUGGUGCGCAAACAACAGAACAAGGAGAUUGUUCCAAGUUCAAGGGAAAUGUACCUCAUUGCUGUAAGAAAACCCCAACGGUUGUUGAUCUCUUGCCAGGUGUGCCUUAUAAUCAACAGUUCUCAAACUGUUGCAAAGGCGGUGUAAUUGGAGCUUGGGGUCAAGAUCCAUCAGCUGCUGUAUCCCAGUUUCAGGUUAGUGCUGGUUUGGCUGGAACUACAAACAAGACUGUCAAGCUUCCUAAGAACUUCACUUUGCUUGGUCCCGGGCCUGGUUACACUUGCGGUCCAGCCAAAAUCGUGCCCUCUACCGUUUUUCUCACAACUGAUAAACGGCGAAAAACACAAGCUUUGAUGACAUGGAAUGUUACCUGCACAUACUCACAGUUUCUAGCCAGAAAGCAUCCAAGCUGUUGUGUCUCCUUCUCUUCUUUCUACAACGACACCAUAACUCCUUGCCCGUCUUGUGCCUGUGGCUGCGAAAACAAAAAGGGCUGCGUCAAGGCUGAUUCUAAGAUUCUAACCAUGAAAGGUCUCAACACAACGAAAAAAGACAACACUCCAUUGCUGCAAUGCACACAUCAUAUGUGCCCGGUUAGAGUCCACUGGCACGUUAAAACUAACUACAAAGACUAUUGGCGAGUAAAGAUAGCGAUCACAAAUUUCAAUUACCGGAUGAAUCAUACGCUCUGGACUUUAGCAAUUCAGCAUCCAAAUCUCAACAAUGUGACUCAAGUUUUCAGCUUUGACUACAAACCAGUUUCUCCUUAUGGAUCCAUAAAUGAUACUGGAAUGUUCUAUGGAACGAAGUUUUACAAUGAUCUAUUAAUGGAAGCUGGACCUUCAGGGAAUGUACAAUCAGAGGUUUUGCUACAGAAAGAUCAAAAGACUUUCACUUUCAAGCAAGGCUGGGCUUUUCCAAGAAAAGUUUACUUUAAUGGUGAUGAAUGUCAUUUUCGCCUCGAACUCGGUCUCGCAGCAUCCGAGAGAGUCAUGAACACGCCACCGAGUUCUCGUGUCGCAUCUUUUGGUCAGACGGAGAUUAACUGGGACAAACUUGACAAAAGGAGGUUUUACGUUGUUGGAGCUGGCCUCUUCACUGGUGUUACAGUAGCUCUGUAUCCUGUAUCCGUUGUGAAAACAAGGCUUCAAGUUGCUUCUAAAGAGAUUGCUGAGAGAAGUGCCUUUUCUGUAGUUAAAGGAAUCUUAAAGAAUGAUGGUGUUCCCGGUCUGUACCGAGGUUUUGGUACUGUCAUUACAGGUGCAGUACCUGCAAGGAUCAUAUUUCUAACUGCUCUUGAGACCACAAAGAUUUCUGCUUUUAAGUUGGUUGCACCUUUGGAGCUAAGUGAACCUACACAAGCUGCCAUUGCAAAUGGAAUUGCCGGCAUGACAGCAUCGCUUUUCUCACAGGCUGUGUUUGUCCCAAUUGAUGUUGUUAGCCAAAAGUUGAUGGUACAAGGAUACUCAGGGCAUGCUACAUAUACUGGUGGUAUCGAUGUCGCCACAAAAAUCAUUAAGUCAUAUGGCGUAAGGGGCUUAUACAGAGGGUUUGGUCUGUCUGUUAUGACCUAUUCUCCUUCAAGUGCUGCUUGGUGGGCUAGCUAUGGAUCAAGCCAACGUGUUAUCUGGAGAUUCUUAGGUUAUGGUGGUGACUCGGAUGCAACUGCUGCUCCUAGUAAGUCAAAAAUUGUUCUGGUCCAGGCUGCUGGAGGAAUUAUUGCUGGUGCAACAGCAUCCUCAAUUACAACACCAUUAGACACAAUCAAAACGCGACUGCAGGUCAUGGGACAUCAAGAAAAUAGACCUUCAGCGAAACAAGUGGUGAAAAAACUGCUAGCAGAAGAUGGCUGGAAAGGAUUCUAUCGGGGUUUGGGCCCAAGAUUCUUUAGUAUGUCGGCUUGGGGAACCUCGAUGAUAUUGACUUACGAAUACUUAAAGCGUCUGUGUGCAAUAGAAGAUUAGAAAGCCUCACUACUGUUCGUUGGUUUUUCUCCUUCUACUAACUGGAGUAGAGGUAUCAACUCGAUUCAAAUCUCGGCUAUUGGGAGCUUCCAUGUUGACAAUUGGACCAUUCUUUCAACUUUGAAGUCUGAGUUCCGUUAUUGUAAUCAUUCUUUCAACUUUGCGUAUUGGAGUGUAUUCUUACAGCAGAAGAAAUUCUAGCUUACGUU